AUGCACCUUAAGCAAAAGUUGUUUUUGCACAAGAUGCAAGAUGGAGGAAAGGUGUUGGACCACCUUUCGGAAUUUAAAGAGAUCGUUGCUGAUCUUGAGUCAAUGGAGGUAAAAUAUGAUGAAGAGGAUCUUGGUCUUAUUCUUUUGUGUUCCCUACCUAGUUCAUAUUCAAAUUUUAGAGAUACUAUACUAUAUAGUCAUGAUACUCUCACCCUAAAUGAAGUUUAUGAAGCCUUGCAUGCCAAGGAAAAGAUGAAAGAAAUGGUAUCUACUGAAAGUUCAAGUUCACAAGUAGAAGGCUUGUUUGUUUGGGGUAGGCAAAAGGAGAAGGGAUCCUAUAGUGGAUCUAGAGGUAAAAGUUCAAGUGGCUACAGGGGCCAUGCAAAGUCUCGAGUGAAGGGCGAUAAAUUCUGCAAUUAUUGCAAUAAAGACAAUCAUUAUAUUACAGAGUGUUAUAAGUUGAAAAACAAGGAAAAGCGAAAUAGCAUAUCUAUGUCAAGAGGUAAAACUGAAGAUGAAGGUAGAGCUUCAGUUGCUACUGAAAGUGGCGGCGAAGGUGAUGUUCUUGUUGCUUUUGUUGGAUGUGCAAAGAUUGAUGAUGAAUGGAUUCCUGAUUCAGCCUACACUUUUCGUAUAUGCAUUCAUAAAGAAUGGUUUACCACUUACGAUUCUGUGCAAGAUGGUGGCUCUAUAUUAAUGGGUGAUAGCACACCCCGUAAGAUAGUUGGCAUUGAAACCAUUCAAAUUAAAAUGUCUGAUGGUGUUAUUAGGACCUUGACUAAUGUGAGGCACAUUCCAACUAUGACAAGAAAUCUUAUCUCGUUAAGUACUCUGGAUUUGAAAGGGUACAAAUACUCCACUGGAGGUGGAGUUAUGAAUGUAUCAAUAGGCUCUCUUGUUGUCUUGAAAGGUGAUUUGAAAUCUGCCAAUUUGUAUUUCUUGCGAGGUACUACAAUUGUAGGUAAUGGUGCUACAAUUUCAAAGUCAUUAUCUGAUUCUGAUGCUACAAAGCUUUGGCAUAUGCAUCUCAGGCAUAUGAGUGAACUUGGUUUGGUAGAGCUAAGUAAGAGAGGGCUUCUUGAUGGACAUAACACUAGAAAGUUUGGCCUUAUUUCUUGA